AGUCCGUCUCGAUCUCGCGUCGGUCGACUCAGGCCUUGACCGCAUCGUCAACCGAUCCCUCGCUCUCGUUGCGUCUUUCCUUUCCCCCUCCUGCUCGCCUCCAGUGUUCUUUCCAUUCCACGCGCGCCGCGCGUCCGCCCGCCCCUAAAUUCACAUCGUCUCCAGGAAUUUUACUGAUCUUUCGCUUUGAUUGUAGGGUUUCCCCUCUUCCUGAUUUCUCGCGCAACGAUCUAUCCCUCCGCGGGCGAGAAGAGGCAGAGCGGGAGCGUAUGGCUUCCUGGUUCUUGUCAUUGCUCUAGGGCGGGUAUGAUUGGGUUGAUCCACGCUGCGGCGCGAUGAGGAGGAAAAGGAAGGGGAUUAGGCCGCCGGACACUGUCGGUCUCUGCCGGACAGAUGAUUUCGACACGGCGCGUCAGAUCAAGAAGCAGUGUGGCGAGGAUUGGAAGGCUUCUCGUGAUCAGAAGGUGGGAUCUGGCAGCGGCAGGGGAGAAAAAAGACGUUUGUGUGCCGGAGGCGCGGCUUCUAGAGUGGUCAUGACUGCCCCGCCCUCCGUGAGAUUGGCGGCUGAUCUCCCCGGCCGUGGCCUGAAGAGGAAGCUGGGAUGCAUGGAGCCUGCGACCAGGAUUGGGAGGACGGAGAAACUGGAGGAUGAGUAUGUUCUUGGACACAAGAUUGGGAAAGGGAGGUUUGGUUCUGUGCGGCUCUGCCGGAGCAAGGUGGAUGGAAAAGAAUUUGCCUGCAAGACUCUGCGUAAGGAUGGAGAUGAGACAGUUCACCGUGAGGUGGAGAUCAUGCAGCAUAUCUCGGGCCACCCUGGCAUUGUAACCUUGAAGGCAGUUUUUGAAGAUGAGAAAAGCUUUCAUCUUGUUAUGGAACUGUGUUAUGGGGGCCGGUUGAUUGACCAGAUAAACAAGGAAGUGAGGUACUCAGAGCAGAGGGCUGCCAUUCUGCUAAAGGAGUUGGUCACAAUCAUCAAAUACUGCCAUGAAAUGGGUGUUGUUCAUAGGGAUAUCAAGCCGGAGAAUAUUCUUCUCACAGCUUCAGGGAAGAUAAAGCUGGCUGACUUUGGUUUAGCAGUCCGAUUUACAACAGGGCAGAAGCUGUCUGGACGUGCAGGGAGCCCUGCAUAUGUAGCGCCAGAAGUUCUCCUGGGAGACUAUUCUGAGAAAGUUGAUAUUUGGGCUGCCGGUGUUCUUCUCCAUGUGCUCUUGGUUGGUGCACUUCCAUUCAAAGGCCACUCUCGAGAAGCUGUCUUUGAGGAAAUUAAAUUUACAGAGCUUGAUUUCGUCAGCGGGACAUGGGCAUCUGUCUCAGAUCUUGCAAAGGACCUUGUUUGCAGGAUGCUUACUCGAGACACCUCCAAAAGAAUCACAAUCGAUGAAAUUUUGUUGCACCCAUGGAUCCUGUUCUAUACAAAAUGCCCAUCUGAGUUGAUGCCAAGAAAGCCCAGGAUUAGAAGUUCUAAACCCAUACUUGCUAUGGAACGAAUUGCUGCACUCAUUAGCAGCUCUCUUACGACAGAGAGUAGUUCAAAUACAAGAUCAGAAGAGCAGCACGAUGGUAAUUGUUUUGUUGACGUUUUGGCCACUGCAAUGGCACGAGUUUCUAUAUCUGAGACGAAACGAAGCAGGCUGUGUGGUCCAAUGCAUCCCAUCCAGCAGCAGCGCUCAUCUAACAUGGAAGCUAAUCUUUGUACAGCAUUCUGACUCUGAUGCACAGCCUCUGAUGUACAGCAGCAGGAGCAGCUGAACCCCUUCAGAUUUCUUACUUGCUGAGUUUAUUGACCUGAAGCUAAUGGAUUAACUACAUCCACAUGGCAUUCAUUAAGAGGCACACCUUCAUUUUUCCAGAGAGUUAAAGUUAUUUCUCUCUGUUGACCUCUUUAAGAAGUCCGAGGCAUUUGAUAUGGUCUGAUGAUUGCCCAAUAGGAGCUGCUUGUAUAUACCUGAGACUCUUACUUUCAGAACUGCUACCCCGACUUUAUUAGGUAGAUGGCUAUAUUUUAGCAUACUUGCUUUGAUGUUGAAAAAGAGGAGAAAUCCAAAUUAUGUGAAUAUGUUAACCACUAGAUAAGUCGAGGAGAUUGACUAGUUAUCAAAUGAUGCUAUCUCUGAAACUUUAAUUAAAGUAUGAAACUGAGGUGAUGGGUUUGUCAUUCUCGCGA